AAUGCUCAACUUCAAAAGUCGCAACUCGCAACACAAUUAUACAACACUAGUCUGAUACUCUCACAAGUGACAACAGUACUAACACAAAUUCUCUCUCUUCGAUUUCGAGCAAUUCACCCACUCACUCUCUCUGCUCACUCUCUCGUCACACACACUCAGGUGACGGCGGCACGCUUCAUUCAGUUUGUUCUCAUCUUGCCCUAAUUCGUUCCAUUUUUCUUUCGAUUUCAAUUAUAAGGUUUUUCUUGUGAUUCCAGUAUUUGAAGGACUUUUGACACUGGAUCGAUGACUGAAGCAAAGGAGGUCAAGCAAUCUGGUGAUGAAAUAUCUGAGUCAGUGAGCAAUGAUCCUGUUGCUUCUGAAGUGGAGAUGGUUAGGGAGAAACAUAUAGAGGACAAAGAAGGCAUUGAACAAAAAGACGAGGGGGAAGAGGAGGACGAAGACGAGGAGGAGGAGGAGGAGGAGGAAGAAGAAGAAGAAGAAGAAGAAGAAGAGGAGGAAGAGGAAGAGGAAGGGGAAGAUGAAGAAGAAGAGGAAGAGGAGGGAGAAGAGGAAGAGGAGGUAACAGAAGAAUCAGAGGAAGAUACAGAGGAUGAGCAGGAGAACAAAUUGGAACGUGGGCCAGUUGAUGUGUCAAUUGAUGGUGGAAAGGUAUUGCAUGUGGAAGUUUCUCUUGGAAAGAACUCUGAUGUGAUUCGAGACUCUCCAAUUCAUGGGGUUGACAGCAGCAGAACGGUGCAUACAGAUAUUCCUGUAGCAGAGGCCUCAGUGAAAAAUAACGUGGGAACAAUUCAGAAAUCUGCUAUACAUGAUGAAAACGGAUCCAUAAGACCUGACACUGAAGAGAGCCAUGACGUGAAAACAGAUGAUUCUGAUUCAGUUAAAGAUAGAAGGUUAGUUGAUGAAACUAUUUUCAGGAAUCCUUCUUCAUUGAAGGUAGAACACAUGAAGGAGGAAGAGCUGAAGAAUGAGGCAAAGAUAAUAGAAGGAUCUAUGGAUGUAGAUGGCAGAUCUCCCAGUAAAUCCUGCAUAUUUGACACAGAUACUUCAGGGGGAGGGGAGUCAGGAACAGAAGAUGAACAAGCAGCAUUUAUGACGGAGCUUGAUAAGUUUCAUAAAGAGAGAAGUCUAGAUUUUAAGCCACCAAAAUUCUACGGAGAACCACUGAAUUUGCUGAAGCUCUGGAGGGCUGUUAUGAGGUUGGGUGGCUAUGAUAAGGUGACAGCGUGUAAAUUCUGGCGCCAAGUGGGAGAGUCAUUUAAACCCCCCAAGACUUGCACCACAGUAUCAUGGACCUUCCGCAUAUUCUAUGAGAAGGCCCUUCUUGACUAUGAGAGACACAGGACAAGUAGUGAUGGUUCUAGCCUUUCUGGUUCUCUUGCUGUGCCUAUGGGUGUUGAAAAUCAGGCUUCUGGAUCAGGAAGGGCGCGCAGGGAUGCUGCCGCUCGGGCUAUGCAGGGCUGGCAUUCUCAGCGUAUUCUUGACAAUGGUGAAGUUAGCGACCCAAUUAUAAAGGCUAAGAAUUCCAUCUCUCUGAGCAAGAAAGAAAAACAGCUGAAAAAUCUGGGUGUACUAAAGCGGAAAAAACCAUCCUCUGCAGAUCAUGCUUUAGAUCCUGUGCGCACUAAAUCGCUAAAAACACAAACGGAAACCACAGUUAUUGACAUUGGAUCUCCUGCUGAUUGGGUGAAGAUUAAUGUUCGAGUGACUAAAGAUUGCUAUGAGGUCUAUGCUUUAGUUCCAGGGCUCCUACGUGAAGAGGUUCGUGUCCAGUCAGAUCCAGCUGGUCGUUUGGUUAUAUCUGGUGAGCCUGAAAAUCCAGACAAUCCUUGGAGCGUGACACCCUUCAAGAAGGUUGUUAGCCUGCCGUCAAGAAUCGACCCACAUCAAACAUCAGCUGUAGUGACAUUGCAUGGACAGUUGUUUGUUCGGGUGCCGUUUGAACAGUAUGACUAGCUUCUAAACGGUUGCACAUAAUGGUGGAAUGCCAGUUAAGGGUAUGAUAGCUGAUCUUUCUGUGAUUCUAGGUGUUCCGAGAUACUAGUUUUACAUAUAGGUGAGCAAAGCUGCUUGAGCUUGUAGUGUUAUUGAAGUUAGGUAUGUGAAUCUGUGUUCCAUCUGUAUCUUCUUGAACGCCUCCAGCUUUCUGUAGUUUUGUAGUGCUUGCCUAUUGCAAGCUCCUGGUUAUGGAUGAAAUUAGUCCUUCAAUGCAAAGCGUUAACUAUUGCUUAUAUUAAUUGAUGCAGUUGCCAAUUGUAUUA